AUGUCUACCUUCAACCACUUCAACAUCAAGCGCCAAGCGCACAACCUCAGUCGCACCAGUACCGAUCAAUCUUGGAACCCAUUUCGUCACGUCGCCUGGAACCGUCGAUCGCGCACUCUCUCCGAAGCCGGAUUAGAAGGACAACAACGUACCCGAGACCACACAACUGGAGAAGAGUUGACACACGCAGUCACUGAGCCUGGCCGAAGUGGACCAGCCAGAGAGUGGUCAGCAGCAGAGACAAUGACGGAUGCGAGAAGAAGCAAAGAAGACGGAUACGAUCGAGAGAAAAUGGUUGGAGGAGGUUCGCCCAUGGACGGAAGCGACGACAUUCCUACAUCACAGCGCUCACUCGUCGGCGAUGAGAACCAACUACGAAACAGAAAACGCGAAGACGUUCCAGCCGCCACUGACCAAAAUGUUGACCUGGAAAAGAGGAAACUUGACAGACGACAGUCAUCAAAAUUGUUCCGUCAUGUCGAGCCAAAGGAACCUUUUACCGUCCGGAACCAACUUGAGAGGACCUUUCUCAAUUCCUAUAUCAACAUUCUUCUCAUCGCCGCCCCUGUCGGUAUCGCUCUCAAUUACAUCCACAGCGUGAACCGAAUUGCCGUAUUCGUGGUCAACUUCAUCGCCAUCAUCCCACUUGCCGCCAUCCUUAGUUUUGCCACAGAAGAAAUCGCUCUACGGACCGGUGAAGUUCUGGGAGGUCUAAUCAAUGCUACUUUCGGAAACGCCGUUGAACUCAUUGUGGCUAUAUUGGCUUUGGUAGAUGGAAAGGUUAUUAUCGUUCAAACCUCUUUGGUGGGAUCAAUUCUGAGUAACCUUCUUUUGGUGCUUGGCUUCUGUUUCUUCUUCGGCGGCCUGCGACGUGAAGCCCAAUACUUCAACGAAACAGUGGCCCAGACUGCGGCCAGCAUGCUCGCCUUGGCAGUCGCUUCUGUCAUAGUACCAACAGUUUUCGACCAAGCCAAAAACACACCGGCCACUAAUGUUGCCCGGCUUUCAAGAGGCACGGCAGUAAUUCUUCUCAUUGUAUACGCGGCCUACCUGCUGUUCCAGCUCAAGACCCACUCAAGCACUUUCCGACAAGAAGGCCAGAAGGUUGCCGCGAAACCUUGGUCGCGUGGAGGUGGCGGCAACAUCCGUCAAGGUAUCAUGGUUCCAGGCGCUCUUAUCGGUGGUGGCAUGACUGGACGUGAGGAGAACGAGCGCCUCUCCGAGAUGCUCAUGAACCCUCACCGACUGCCAAAGUCCGAGGGAGACGAAGAUGAAGAGGAGGAGCCUCAACUGCACUUCUGGGUGGCAGUCGCUACGCUGACAACUGCCACCGUUUUGAUCGCCCUUUGCGCUGAGUUCAUGGUUGACUCUAUCGACGCCGUUACGAAAACAGGAGGCGUUUCAGAGGAGUUCGUCGGCUUGAUCUUGUUGCCAAUUGUAGGCAAUGCGGCCGAGCACGCGACCGCCGUGACUGUUGCAAUCAAGGACAAGAUGGAUUUGGCUAUUGGGGUUGCGGUCGGCAGUUCCAUGCAGGUUGCCCUCUUUCUGAUCCCUCUACUGGUUAUUAUCGGCUGGGGAAUGGGCAACGACGACAUGAACUUGAGUUUCGACUUGUUCCAGGUUGCGACUAUGUUUGUAGCUGUCUUGCUCGUCAACUAUCUGAUCGCAGACGGCAAGAGCCACUGGCUGGAGGGCUGGCUUCUUAUUUGUCUUUAUUCCAUCAUUGCUGUAUGCUCUUGGUGGUACCCUACUCACUCAGACGAGUCAAGUUGAUCUCUCCAAGGAUUACACUUCCAUCAGUUUCCUGAUCCAAGCCACGGCCUUGUUACAAGGCAUUUCUUAUUGAUGUUUAUAUACUUUUUGGCCCACCUGUGGCUACCCGCCCUUGCUUCCAAUGAUUUCACAUGGAUUCCGAUUAAGCAAGUGCCUGUACAAAGUUUAUUUGAAAUUUGAAAUUUGUUGAGGAUUUAUUCCAGUACAAUCGUUAAGGCCGCGGUGACUACUAUAUCAGUGUGCAAAGCGACGGGCGUUGGAGGCAAGGUCAAUUCUUAGCUAGAAAGUCUCAAUAAAUGCGAGAUUAAUAAUG